AUGAUUCUAUAUUUUUUUAUUCUUUCCCUUCUAUUUGUUGCCGAGUCAAGAAGAUCCAUUAGUAAAAUCAGUCACGACGAGAUCAGCCAGCAUGUCAGAACAACGCUUAGCUCGGAGGGGAUUGUUAGGAUCGGACAUCUUCAUCCAGCAAAUCCUAUUAUUGCUCAUGAGCCAGAUGUGUUGAAGAUGUGUGCUGAUGAUCUCAAAACUAGGAAUAUCCUACCUCAUAAUUAUAGUUUAAAUGUUUUUACAAUGGAAAGUUGCAAUAAAUUCUCAGGAGUAGAACAUGCUGCUUUUCUUCACUAUAUCAAAAAUGCUUCUGUAUAUUUUGGACCGGGGUGUAAUAAUGAAAUGCUUGUUAUCGGUAGGCUAGCUCCUAGGUGGAAUGUACCAAUUAUAGCCCACAUGUCUGGAGACGACGCGCUCUCUGAUCGGGUACAGUUCCCAACUCUUGGAUCUGUAGCAUUGACGUCGGCUAGCGAAAUGGCAAAGGCUACUGUUACAUACUUGAACUUAAACAAUUGGGAUCAGAUUGGAAUUGUGAGACCAAGUACUGGAUUCGAAAGGCUAUCUGUAUUCUCUUUGCAACAUCAAAUCAAGAAAAGAGAUAUCAAUCUCAAUGUUAUCGUUGACAUUGAGCAAUUCAGUUCUCCCGAGGAAAUUAUUGCUUCCGGGAAGCUGACACUACUUCGGAGCCAAGCAAGAAUUAUCGUUGUGGAACUUGGAAUGGAUAUUCACUCGGUUACAAAUUUUAUGUUGGCAGUGCACAGAUCUGAACUUAAAACCGAGGAGUUUGUGUUUGUAAUCCCUUGGCUGGCUCAUCAAAACGACCAUUAUCCCUGGGAAGCGGCAAAUGUGGAUAAACAAGAAGUGAAAUCCGCUUUUGAGAACACGAUUAUCAUUACAGCACAUGGAUAUGAUAAGAAAUUUUUCGAUGAAUUCCAGUUGAAGUUCAGUACGGCCACUGGAGUUCUUGCGAAUCACUAUGCUACGUUAUCUUACAUGUCUCUCUACGACGCUCUUUUUUUGUAUGGGUUAGCUCUUCGGGAUGCUUUUGAAGAUGGAGGUGGCUACAAUGUUCACAUGAAUGGUUCUUUAAUCUGGUCCAGAAUGACAAACCGACAGUUUAUCGGCAUGACCGGACAAGUGCUCAUGAACAACAAAGCCAUCCGGGUUCCAUCAUAUGCCACCUACCAUGCUAUCAACGGAACCCUCAAAAUUGUGGUGGAGCUGGAAGCCAAAAACAAUGAUCGUGGACAAUGUGAGAAAAAUGAGGAUAUGUGCUCUGAACAUGUUGCUCAUGAAACGAUACAGUACUAUUGGCCAUCUGAUAGUGGGAAGUUACCCCCUGCUGUACCGAAAUGCGGAUUUACUGGAGCGGAAUGUGACUAUCGUCCUUAUUUCAUUGGAAUCAGUUUGAUAGCUUUCAUUCUUACUGUUGGACCAUUGUCGUAUUUCAUUUAUUUGAAACAGAAAGAACGGUUACUGUACGACAUGACAUGGAGAAUAUCAAGAGAGUCUAUAAAGUUACUGGAAGGAAAAUCGAGAUCAGAACAUUCAUUAGCUAGCAAAUCUCAGAGCUCUGGAUCAUUCUCAGGUAGUAUGAAUUCAAAGCAAAACGGUUUGAUUGCUGCGAAACAAGCGGUGUCCAAUGGAGUUAAACUUGCAAUUAAGCGUUACCAACAAGUACGGAACAUAACAUUUCCAAAAUCUGAGCUGAAGCUAUUGAAAGAACUGAAAAUUCUGGAGAAUGAUAAUCUGAACAAGUUUUAUGGAAUUUCAUUCAAUCAGCAAAAUGAAUUCAUUGUUAUGUGGGUACUCUGUUCUCGCGGAAGUCUGGAAGAUAUUCUAUUCAAUGACGAGUUGAAACUUGGAAGGAAUUUCCAAGUCUCGUUUGCAAAAGAUGUUGUCAAGGGUCUCAACUUUUUACACACUUCCCCACUUUUCCAUCAUGGGAUGCUCUGUCUGCAAAACUGCCUUGUAGACUCUAAUUGGACAGUGAAACUGACAAAUUUUGCCACUGAACAGAUUAUUUUUGAAAAAUUGGACCAUAAUGAGCUACGGCCUUACGUCAACGCUGAUAGUGAAUCAGCAGAUGAUGUGCCAGAUCCAACAAAAGACUUUGCAAGGAAAAAAUACUUGCAACAAGCUCCUGAAAUCAUUCGAGAAAUUGUGAGCACCAAAACAAUACCAGAAGGAUCCCAAAGUGCAGAUAUCUAUGCUCUCGGAAUGGUUCUUUAUCAGAUUCUUUUCCGUGUGGAGCCCUUCCAUGAAAGAAAUAAAAGCAUUAAUAAAUUAAUGGAAAUGUUGGCAAUGGCAAAUGACGAUGAUCAGUUGAUCAGACCAACUUUCCCGUCUUCAAAUACUGGAGAAGGGUAUAAUUUGCAGUUGUUGUCAUGUAUUGAGGCCUGUUGGCUGGAAAUUCCAGAAAUGAGACCUCCAAUCAAAAAAGUGAGAACAAUGGUAAAUGCCAAUUUGAAAUCUACAGGAAAAGGAUCACUUGUAGACCAAAUGAUGAAAAUGAUGGAGGAAUACACAGCUAAUCUAGAGAACAUGGUCAGAGACCGCACUGCUCUUCUGGAAGAAGCUCAAAAACAAGCCGACCGUCUGCUCAACAGUAUGCUUCCAAAAUCCAUUGCCGAAGACCUCAAAGUUGGAAAAUCAGUACUCCCACAACUCUACAGCUGUGCAACUGUGUUGUUCUCAGAUAUUAGAGGGUUCACUCGCAUUUCUUCAACUUCCACUCCACUCCAGGUUGUCACAUUUUUGAAUGACAUGUUCAGUGGUUUCGACGCUAUCAUUGCGAAACACGAUGCUUACAAAGUGGAAACUAUUGGAGAUGCUUAUAUGAUUGUGUCGGGAGUUCCUACAGAAAAUGGAAACAAUCACGCCCAGAAUAUUGCAGAUAUUGCAUUGAAAAUGAGAGCGUUUAUUUGUAAUUUCAAACUAGCUCAUAGACCAGAAGAACUCAUGAUGGUCCGUAUUGGAUUCCACAGUGGACCAGUGGCUGCAGGCGUCGUCGGUCUUGCAGCACCCCGCUACUGUCUUUUUGGAGAUACAGUGAACACAGCUUCUAGAAUGGAGAGCACUGGCGUUGCAAAUAAAAUUCAGAUAUCCGAGGGAGCCUAUAAUCUUCUUCAUUGCUUUUUCCCUCAAUUCCAAAUGGUGGAAAGAGGGAAGAUUGAAGUGAAAGGAAAAGGAGAGUGCUUGACAUAUUACCUCGAAGGAAGAACUGGAAAAUGA